GGAGGGAUGAGGUGGCUCUGGGCAGCUGCUUGGCUGGCCGUGGCGCGCGCGGAAUUCUUCGGCGGCGCUGAAGAAGAGCCAGAAGAGGAUCCUCCGGAGCCGGUAUUUGUGCGUGCAGGGGCGAAUGUGACCCUGCCCUGCACGGGAGGUAUAGAAAGUACUCCCGUGCGCAGUCUCUUUUGGUGGAAGGACUAUCGUAAGAUAGUAGAGGUUCACGAUGAGCAGACCACAGUCUGGGAGGCUGAGCCUCAUCUGAAUCUGCUUGGAGAAGCCCUUUUCUUGCGCAACGUCGUCUACUCAGAUUCAGCAGAUUACCAGUGCCAAAUUAAUGGAGAGCAGAGAAGCGCUUUGCGUCUGCUUGUUCAAGAUGUUCCAGAUCCUCCUGGGAUGCCCUUAAUUCUCACAUUCACUUCAAGAUCUGUUAAUUUAUCAUGGGCACCGAGCAUCGACAAUCAUCACAGUUUCAUUCUCCAUUAUAUCAUUCAUAUAAGGGUCGGAGAAUCUGGAGAAUGGGAGGAAUCCAAUGGCAUCUUGACUUCAGACAACAAUACCAGUUGGCAAGUGAUUGGACUUCAGCCCUACACUGUUUAUUCCUUUCGUGUAGUUGCUGUGAAUACCAUCGGAGCUUCAAAACCUAGCAAAGAGUCUUACUAUUUGUUGACUCUCCGAGAAAUUCCGGAUGGCAAACCGAAUAUUACGUAUGCCCACAACACAAGUAGCAGCUCAAUAUUGCUGCGUUGGGCCCCUCCACCUCAUCAUACGCUUCACGGUGAAUUUCUUGGUUACCGAAUCACCUAUCGUCUGCGAGAAAGAGCUCGUGGAGAACGAGAAGUCACUCUACGAGAUCCCGAAGCUACGGAAUACAUGAUCCGAGGCCUAAAUCCUUUUUCUCAGUACUUAGUUUCUGUUCAGGUAUUUAACCCUGCUGGUAAGGGACCUGCAACAACAGUAGCUGUGAUGACAGAUGAAGGAGCGCCAAGUCGACCUAGGAAUCUUACGGCAGUGCGGAUCACAAACAAUUCAGUAAAGCUUCGAUGGUUGGAGCCAGAAUACGCAAAUGGCGUCAUCCAAGGAUAUCAUAUCUAUUAUUUGGACGUAGGUCCUAACAAUACAGAUAAAAAGAAAGUACUUAAUCCAACGCAAGUUAUGGACCAUGUCCUUAGUCCUCUAAAAUCGUACACACAGUACAAAGUUUGGGUAAAAGCUUAUACUGGUAAAAACGAAGGAUUGGCCAGUAACAAUUUGGAAAUUAUCACAGAUGUACAAAGUCCUAGUGCACCACAAAUAUCCAAUUUAACUUGUCAGUCUUCGGAUAGCAUUUAUGUGCAAUGGGAAAGACCGAAAAUAGUUUUCCAUAGAAUUGAUUACUACUUCAUAUCCUAUCGAUCAGAAAACACGUGGGAUUAUGAGGAGAUUUCUAUUUCUUCAUCUCAAGAACGUCAAAGUCACACGAUGAUUAUCUCCAAUCUAACAUCAAAUAUGAUGUAUGAGGUAAAAAUACAAGGGGCUACACGUAGUGUUGUAGAACAUUCCAAAUUGUACAAAGGACCAUAUUCUGAAUCAAAGAAAAUAUUUCUGCAAAGUUUUUCAAGUUCAUCUUUAGAAGAAGCUACUAUUGGUGUUGGAAUCAUUGCUGGAAUUGUCUGCGUGUCAUUCAUUCUACUUUUUGCUAUAUUUUCCUUCCUUGUGUGGAGGUUUUUUGUUUUCAGGAAGUAUUUUCAAGCUGCCUAUUAUUACCUAGAUGAUCCUCCACGUAAACGUGCUACUUCAGAGAAUUCAAAAACAUUUGGGGAUAUUGAUAAUGCAUCUGUUCCGGUUUCUUUAUGGUCUGAACAUGUUUCUGGCCUUCACGCUGAUGGUGACAUUGGUUUUUCCAAAGAGUAUGAAGCUAUUCAGCAAUCAAGUGAUUUGGAAUUGUCUUCAGAAUGCUCUCAGCUUGUGGAAAACAAGAAUAAAAAUAGAUAUGUGAAUAUUGUCGCCUAUGACCAUAGUCGUGUUGUGCUAAAAAACCUUCCAGGGCAAAAGAAAACAACAGAUUAUAUCAAUGCUAACUACAUUGAUGGUUACAGUGAACCAAAUGCAUAUAUAGGCACACAAGGACCGUUGCCUUCAACAUUUGAUGAUUACUGGAGGAUGAUUUGGGAGCAAAAAGUUUUUAUAAUUGUUAUGAUAACAAACCUUGUAGAGAGAGGAAGAAGAAAGUGUGACAUGUACUGGCCUAAAGAAGGUGCAGACGUUUUUGGGAUUAUUCAAGUAAAAUUAAUACAAGAAGUUGAAUUAGCUACCUAUACUAUUCGAACAUUUGUGAUUAGGAAUUCUAAAGUAAAAAAAAAAACUUCAGCUGAACGAACUGUUUACCAAUAUCACUAUACAAACUGGCCAGAUCAUGGUGUUCCAGAACAUCCUCUACCAGUUUUAAGUUUUAUUAGGAAAUCUGCUUCUGCUAAUCCUCCUGGAGGAGGUCCUGUUAUAGUUCAUUGCAGUGCUGGAGUUGGGAGAACUGGAACAUACAUUGUUAUUGAUGCAAUGAUGAGGCAAAUCAAACAUAAGCAAUCACUUAGUGUUGCAGGUUUUCUAAAGCAUAUUCGUCAGCAAAGAAAUUUCCUUGUGCAAACAGAGGAACAAUAUAUUUUCAUCCAUGAUGCAUUAUUAGAAGCAAUUGAAAGUGAAGAAACUGAAAUAUCUACUUCAAAUUUUACUGAAUAUUUCCAAAAACUACAAAUAUCAAAUAGUGAGAGUGAAACAAAUGAAACUAAAUCACCUCUGCUUGAAAAGCAAUUUAAGUUAGUGACAAGUUUUAAACCAAAAGACUUCAGCAUCAUUUCAGCUACCAAAUCUUGUAAUCGAACUAAAAAUCGCAAUAUAAACAUUAUUCCAAUUGAAUCAUACAGGGUACAUAUAACACCCAAGCCAGGAAAAGAUGGAUCAGAUUACAUAAAUGCUAGUUUUUUGCAGGGAUUUCAUAAACUAAAUGAAUACAUUGUAACUCAACAUCCAACAAUCGAUACUAUAGCAGAUUUCUGGCAAAUGGUAUGGGACAACAAUUGUCAGACCAUUGUUAUGCUAUCAUUUGUAGAUGAAAAGGAAUAUCCAUGUUAUUGGCCUGAUGAGGACCAAGAAAAUGAUUAUGGAACUUUUAAAGUUAAAAUGAGUGAAGAAUGUAGUCAAGGGUGCUUUGUGACUAGAGACUUUAUUCUGCAAUCUAUGCAAGAUGAUUAUGAAGUAAUAUGUCGUAUAAUUGAGUGUUCUGGUUGGCCAGAAUGUUGCUCUCCACUUAGUAGUGUAUAUGAUCUAGUCCGUUUGGUUCAAGAGUGGCAUUUAGAAUAUCAGAAUGGUCCAAUGGUGGUUGUAGACAGAUUUGGUGGAACUGAAGCUGCAACUUUUUGCUGUCUUAGUACACUGCAAAAGCAAUUAGAGUUUGAGAAUUCAAUUGAUAUUUAUAUGUGUGCAAAAUUAUACCACAUGCGAAGACCUGGUAUCUGGCAAACACAGGAUGACUACUACUUUUUAUAUAGAGCGGUGAAAGAAGGUUUGCUGGAUGGAUAUGAAGAAAUUCCUUCUUUUACAAAUGCAAUAAGCAAUGGUCAUGUCCUUCCAUGUAAAGAAGAUCCAGUUAUAUAA